ACCGCGCGACGUUUCGUUUUCAUUUUAUUCAUUUCACUUGUAACAAGCAGUUUGCAACAAUUCUUAGUUCAGUAUAAAAACGCACCGGCGCAAUGGCAUUCUCGCAGUCGUUCAACUUCGGAAACAGCACCUUAAUGGCGCUGGAGAAAGGAAUGCAAGCGGACGACAAGGAGAAUGCACAGCCAGGAAACGGAAAUAUCCAAGUCCAAAGUGCCGGCAAUGAGGUAAAUAGCGAGAUCCAGGAAAUUAACUCGGAGUUUUUCCGGGACGAGUUCUCCUACGAAGUGAAUCAGGCCCAUAAGCCAGCUGAACAAUCAGUGGUCAAUGUGUCUCAGGUUCAGCAGCAUAUGGCAGUUGUUUCCAAUCAGGACUCUGAGGAUCAGAGCCGCUCAUCCGCUUUGAAUGACCAAAUCUGCACACAGUCUUCGUUCGAGGGCGAGGACGCAGGCGCGGAUGCAGUGCUGGAUCAGCCCAAUCUGGAUGAGAACAGCUUUUUGUGUCCUGCGCAGGAUGAAGAGGCUUCCGAGCAGCUGAAGGAAGACAUCUUGCACAGUCAUUCCGUAUUGGCCAAGCAGGAAUUCUAUCAAGAGAUUUCGCAAGUCACGCAGAACCUGAGCAGCAUGUCGCCCAACCAACUGCGAGUGUCGCCCAACUCCUCGAGGAUCCGCGAAGCGAUGCCCGAAAGACCAGCAAUGCCACUUGAUCUCAACACGCUUAGAUCAAUAAGCGCAUGGAACCUGCCCAUGAGCAUUCAAGCGGAGUACAAGAAGAAGGGUGUUGUCGAUAUGUUCGACUGGCAGGUGGAGUGUCUCUCCAAGCCUAGAUUGCUGUUUGAGCACUGCAACCUGGUUUAUUCAGCACCCACGUCGGCAGGCAAGACGUUGGUUAGUGAGAUACUGAUGCUGAAAACCGUACUGGAGCGAGGUAAAAAGGUGCUGCUCAUACUGCCCUUCAUCUCGGUGGUGCGCGAGAAAAUGUUCUACAUGCAGGAUCUGCUCACGCCGGCUGGUUACCGCGUGGAGGGAUUCUACGGCGGCUAUACGCCACCAGGAGGCUUUGAGAGCCUUCAUGUGGCCAUUUGCACAAUUGAGAAGGCGAACUCCAUUGUGAACAAGCUGAUGGAGCAGGGCAAACUGGAAACCAUUGGCAUGGUGGUGGUAGACGAAGUGCAUCUCAUUUCGGACAAGGGACGCGGCUAUAUCCUGGAACUUCUGCUAGCCAAGAUCCUCUACAUGUCCCGUCGCAAUGGACUGCAGAUCCAGGUGAUCACCAUGUCGGCCACACUCGAGAAUGUGCAGCUGCUGCAGAGCUGGCUUGACGCCGAGUUGUACAUCACAAACUACCGACCCGUUGCUCUAAAGGAAAUGAUUAAGGUGGGCACAGUAAUUUAUGACCACCGUUUGAAAUUAGUUCGAGAUGUGGCCAAGCAAAAGGUACUUUUGAAAGGCCUGGAAAACGAUUCCGAUGAUGUGGCCCUUCUCUGCAUAGAGACGUUGCUGGAGGGAUGCUCGGUAAUCGUGUUCUGCCCCUCGAAAGAUUGGUGCGAGAACCUGGCCGUUCAAUUGGCCACCGCAAUCCAUGUCCAAAUCAAAUCUGAAACAGUGCUGGGCCAGCGAUUGAGAACAAAUCUAAAUCCGAGGGCCAUUGCAGAAGUGAAGCAACAACUCAGGGACAUUCCCACAGGUCUCGAUGGGGUCAUGUCGAAGGCGAUCACCUACGCCUGCGCGUUUCACCACGCCGGCCUAACUACGGAGGAGCGGGACAUUAUUGAAGCCUCGUUUAAGGCAGGAGCACUGAAGGUUCUAGUCGCCACCAGCACACUGAGUUCGGGAGUGAAUCUGCCCGCUCGGCGCGUCCUGAUACGCUCGCCAUUAUUUGGGGGCAAGCAAAUGAGUUCCCUAACGUACCGCCAGAUGAUCGGACGAGCUGGACGCAUGGGAAAGGAUACGCUGGGUGAGUCUAUUCUCAUCUGCAACGAGAUCAAUGCCCGAAUGGGAAGAGACCUGGUCGUAUCGGAGCUGCAGCCCAUUACUUCCUGCCUCGAUAUGGACGGAAGCACCCACUUGAAGCGCGCUCUACUCGAGGUAAUUUCUUCUGGUGUAGCGAACACCAAAGAAGACAUCGACUUCUUCGUGAAUUGUACUCUGCUGAGUGCCCAAAAGGCCUUCCACGCAAAGGAGAAACCACCCGAUGAGGAAUCGGACGCCAACUACAUUAACGAUGCCCUCGACUUUCUUGUGGAGUACGAGUUCGUUCGCCUGCAAAGGAACGAGGAAAGGGAGACAGCGGUCUAUGUGGCCACUCGUCUCGGUGCCGCCUGUCUGGCUUCCUCUAUGCCGCCCACCGACGGCCUCAUUCUUUUUGCGGAACUCCAGAAAUCUCGUCGCUCCUUCGUCCUAGAGUCAGAACUGCAUGCUGUUUACCUAGUAACGCCCUAUUCUGUCUGCUACCAACUUCAAGAUAUCGACUGGCUGCUGUAUGUGCAUAUGUGGGAAAAGUUAAGUUCGCCCAUGAAAAAAGUGGGCGAGCUUGUUGGAGUCAGGGACGCCUUUCUCUACAAAGCGCUGCGUGGUCAAACAAAACUAGACUACAAGCAAAUGCAAAUACAUAAGCGUUUCUACAUAGCUCUGGCUCUGGAGGAACUGGUAAACGAAACACCCAUAAACGUCGUGGUCCACAAGUAUAAGUGCCACCGAGGAAUGCUACAGAGUCUGCAGCAAAUGGCCUCGACCUUUGCAGGCAUUGUUACUGCUUUCUGCAAUUCUCUGCAGUGGUCCACACUCGCCCUGAUCGUGUCCCAAUUUAAGGAUCGUCUCUUCUUUGGCAUUCACAGGGAUCUUAUCGAUCUGAUGCGAAUACCCGAUCUGUCGCAGAAACGAGCUCGUGCUCUCUUUGAUGCUGGCAUCACCAGUUUGGUAGAGCUAGCGGGCGCUGAUCCCGUAGAAUUGGAAAAGGUGCUCUAUAACUCAAUCAGCUUCGACUCUGCAAAGCAACACGACCACGAGAACGCGGAUGAAGCGGCCAAGCGAAAUGUAGUUAGAAAUUUCUAUAUCACAGGCAAGGCGGGGAUGACAGUGAGCGAGGCUGCCAAACUACUGAUUGGUGAAGCUCGACAAUUUGUUCAGCACGAGAUCGGACUGGGCACAAUUAAAUGGACCCAAACUCAGGCGGGAGUGGAAAUAGCUUCGAGGGCAAUACACGAUGGCGGGGAGGUAGACCUCCACAUGUCCCUGGAGGAGGAGCAGCCGCCAGUAAAGAGGAAAUUGUCCAUCGAAGAAAAUGGCACAGCCAAUUCACAAAAAAAUCCCAGACUCGAAACAGUAGUGGACACACAGCGAGGCUAUAAAGUUGAUAAGAAUAUUGCUAAUCAAAGCAAGAUGAACCCGAAUCUUAAAGAAAUCGAUGCCCAAAAUAAGGCGCGAAGGAAUUCAACUGCACACAUGGAUAACCUAAACCCGAUUAGCAAUGACCCUUGUCAGAACAACGUAAACGUAAAAACGGCACAACCCAUAAUAUCCAAUUUGAAUGACAUCCAGAAACAAGGUUCUCAGAUUGAAAAGAUGAAAAUCAAUCCAGCAACUGUGGUGUGUAGUCCACAAUUAGCAAAUGAAGAAAAACCGAGUACCAGUCAAAGUGCUAGAAGGAAGCUCGUUAAUGAGGGAAUGGCCGAACGCCGCAGGGUCGCUUUAAUGAAGAUUCAGCAACGCACCCAAAAAGAGAACCAGUCUAAGGAUCAGCCAAUACAGGCGUCGAGGUCUAACCAACUUUCAAGUCCGGUUAAUAGAACACCCGCAAAUCGAUGGACACAAUCGGAAAACCCAAACAAUGAGAUGAACAAUAGUCAACUGCCCCGCAGAAAUCCACGAAAUCAAUCACCAGUACCCAAUGCAAACCGCACUGCGUCAAGGAAGGUUUCCAACGCAGAGGAGGAUUUGUUUAUGGCAGACGAUUCCUUUAUGCUGAAUACCGGUCUAGCCGCUGCUCUCACGGCCGCUGAGAGCAAAAUUGCCUCUUGCACGGAGGCGGACGUGAUACCUAGCUCGCAACCUAAGGAGCCGGAAGUGAUCGGUGCACUGACUCCACAUGCAUCCAGACUGAAGCGUUCCGACCAGUUGCGUUCACAGCGCAUACAAAGUCCCAGCCCCACCCCGCAACGUGAAAUCGAAAUUGAUUUGGAAUCGAAAAACGAAUCCAAUGGGGUCUCCUCUAUGGAAAUCUCGGACAUGUCUAUGGAGAACCCACUCAUGAAAAAUCCUUUACAUCUAAAUGCCUCGCACAUUAUGAGCUGUUCGAAAGUCGAUGAAACUGCGUCGAGUUUCUCUUCUAUAGAUAUAAUCGAUGUGUGUGGCCACCGGAAUGCGUUUCAAGCUGCUAUCAUCGAGAUCAAUAACGCCACGCGUUUGGGAUUUAGCGUUGGCCUGCAGGCUCAAGCGGGCAAACAGAAGCCGCUAAUUGGAUCCAACCUCUUGAUCAAUCAAGUUGCGGCGGCCGAGAACCGGGAGGCGGCUGCCAGGGAACGUGUGCUAUUCCAAGUGGACGACACCAACUUCAUCUCUGGUGUGUCUUUCUGUCUUGCGGACAAUGUUGCCUACUAUUGGAAUAUGCAAAUUGACGAACGUGCAGCAUAUCAGGGAGUGCCCACCCCUCUCAAGGUGCAGGAAUUGUGCAACCUGAUGGCUCGAAAGGAUCUCACGCUGGUCAUGCACGACGGAAAGGAGCAGCUUAAGAUGCUGCGCAAAGCGAUUCCGCAGCUAAAAAGGAUUAGCGCCAAGCUGGAGGAUGCCAAGGUCGCAAACUGGCUGCUGCAGCCGGACAAAACUGUGAAUUUUCUCAAUAUGUGCCAGACAUUCGCCCCGGAAUGCACUGGCCUUGCGAAUCUCUGUGGCAGUGGUCGUGGUUAUAGCAGCUACGGGCUUGAUACCUCCAGUGCCAUUUUGCCGAGGAUUAGGACGGCCAUCGAAUCCUGCGUAACGCUGCACAUACUCCAGGGACAGACUGAGAACCUAAGCAGGAUUGGCAAUGGUGACUUACUUAAGUUUUUCCACGAUAUCGAAAUGCCCAUUCAAUUGACUCUUUGUCAAAUGGAGCUUGUGGGCUUUCCCGCCCAGAAGCAGCGACUCCAACAGCUUUAUCAGCGCAUGGUGGCCGUUAUGAAGAAAGUGGAAACAAAGAUUUAUGAGCAGCAUGGUUCCCGUUUCAAUCUGGGCUCGUCACAAGCUGUUGCCAAGGUGCUGGGACUCCACCGGAAAGCAAAAGGACGAGUUACCACCUCACGCCAGGUGCUGGAGAAGUUGAACUCGCCCAUUUCGCAUUUGAUACUAGGCUAUCGAAAGCUGUCUGGGCUCUUGGCCAAAAGCAUUCAGCCGCUAAUGGAGUGCUGCCAGGCAGACAGAAUUCAUGGCCAGAGCAUUACAUAUACGGCAACGGGUCGUAUUUCCAUGACGGAGCCGAACCUGCAAAAUGUCGCCAAAGAAUUCAGCAUACAAGUGGGCUCUGAUGUGGUCCACAUAUCCUGUAGGUCACCAUUCAUGCCCACGGAUGAGAGCCGAUGUCUUUUGUCGGCUGACUUCUGUCAGCUGGAGAUGCGGAUCCUUGCCCACAUGUCUCAGGAUAAGGCUCUGUUGGAGGUGAUGAAAUCGUCACAGGACCUGUUCAUCGCAAUUGCAGCGCAUUGGAACAAAAUCGAAGAGUCCGAAGUGACGCAGGACCUCCGCAACAGCACCAAGCAGGUGUGCUACGGAAUCGUCUACGGCAUGGGCAUGCGGUCCCUGGCCGAGUCGUUAAACUGCAGUGAGCAGGAGGCGCGGAUGAUAUCCGAUCAGUUUCACCAGGCGUACAAGGGUAUUCGCGAUUACACCACGAGGGUGGUCAAUUUCGCACGCAGCAAGGGAUUUGUUGAGACCAUUACUGGACGGCGACGGUAUUUGGAAAAUAUCAACAGUGAUGUGGAGCAUCUAAAAAAUCAGGCCGAGCGCCAGGCCGUUAACUCCACCAUCCAAGGAUCGGCUGCGGAUAUUGCGAAGAACGCUAUUCUGAAGAUGGAAAAGAACAUUGAACGUUAUCGCGAAAAGCUGGCAUUGGGUGACAAUUCAGUUGACCUGGUAAUGCACCUACAUGACGAACUCAUUUUCGAGGUGCCAACGGGAAAGGCCAAAAAAAUAGCCAAAGUCCUUAGCCUCACCAUGGAGAACUGCGUGAAACUCAGCGUGCCACUCAAGGUGAAGCUGAGGAUCGGACGCAGUUGGGGUGAAUUUAAGGAAGUUAGCGUGUAGUUUAUUAUAUCAUUUUAUAGAUUUGUAAUCAAUUUGUUUAAAGACUGAAUGUUUUAGGACUGCUUGGCCUGCCACUCCGUCCAUGAUCCGGCAUAAGCCUUGGCGCUGCAAUUGAUUAAUAAAUAAUUGUACAUAUCUUUUAAAACGU